UUCUGUACUGCCGCCAUGCCAUCUGCAGCCGUUUCUGUACCAGAAGUUCCUUCGUCCGACCGCAAGACGGUCUACCUAGUGACCGGUGCCAGCAGGGGCCUCGGGAGGGGGCUCGUGCAGGCAUUUCUCCUUCGCCCCAACAGCAUCGUCAUCGCCGGUCUCCGCAAUCGCACUUCGCAGGCGGGGGCCUUGGAUGCGCUCCCAAGAGGCGAGAACUCCUCGCUGAUCGCAGUCCAACUGGACAGUGGAUCGAAGUCCGAUCCCGCCGACGCGGUCAGCAUUCUCCAGCGCGAUUACGGCAUUACGCAUCUCGAUGUAGUGAUCGCGAACGCAGCUAUUGCGGCCAACUACGGUCCAGCCUCGACCAUGCCUCUCGAGUAUCUGGAGACUCACAUGCAGAUUAACGCAUACGCGGCCCUGCUACUGUUCCAGGCGACUAGGGUCCUUCUCCAGGCCGCCAAAUCGCCGCAGUUCAUCUGCGUCGGGGCCCCGAUUAGCACGAUUACCGAGAUGGAGAGCUGUGCGCGGGCACCGCUCACAAAUUAUGCACUUUCAAAGCUGGCCGCCUGCUAUCUGGUGCGCAAGAUCCACUUUGAGAAUAAGUGGCUUGUUGCGUACAUUGUCGACCCUGGACACAUCCAGUCAGAUAUGGGCGCCCAGGCUGCCAGGUUGUUCGGGCGCAAAGAGGCCCCCACGACGAUAGAGGAAAGCGUGGCUGGUAUCUGUGCCAGGAUGACCGAGGCCGACAAGAAUACAACGUCUGGGCGCUUUAUUCUAUUUUCGGACGGCUCAGACGUGCCCUGGUAGUUUACUUGGUGACUACCUUUGUUACUUGGCUACCAUGUGCUGAAUCCUGUUAAAAUCAGUAUAUCAUGAACUCAUUAUCGCUGCUUCUUGCACCUCAACGUGCUCGCCUAACUCUAUGAAUAAUUCAAAUGUAGUG